GCGUAUAUCUAUUGGGCGUAUCCCGAGACUUACUACUACGCUUCCUCCACCUCACGUAACUCACUAGAUCCUUAUUUUCAGCGGAAACUAAUCGAACGUCUGGCGUUACUGGUUGUUCAACUAGUUACCUUAUCCAUCGUCGUAUACGUGCGACCAACGGAAAUUCGUACUGUAUGCGAAUUCUUAACGAUUUUGAACUGUAUAUUUUUUGUGUUCUUUCAACAAUUGGGAGAGAUUCGUACUCAAGGAAUAGCCGGGUAUUUCAGGAACUUGAAAACGGUUCCAGCAAAAGCGGUGUUUUGUGUGGCUAACAUAUUUAUACUAUUGUGUAUACCAUUUCGUAUUCUUCGACUUCAUGAAUUAGAAGAGGCUCUUUUCGUGUUCGCCUUGCCCGGUUCAUGGAUAUUUCUACUCUUUUUUGCAAGAAGUGCCAAACUCACCGGACCUUUCGUGCAAAUGAUCUACAGUAUGAUUGCUGGUGACAUGAUGCGAUUCGCAAUUAUUUCAGCCAUCUUCCUCGUAUCCUUCUCACAAGUGUUCUACUUUGUGGGUAAGGACAUGGACGCCAAGCAACAACUGAACAACUCAAAUCCAUAUCAUUGUCCGGUCGAUGGUUACGAUGUCUAUACAUAUGACAAUUUCAUCGAGACAUUCAUCACUUUGUUCAGAGCGAGCAUGGGUGGAUACGAUUAUGAAGAGUUUGCAUGCGCCAAUUAUGAGGUGCUGACAAAGACCUUGUUUGUGUUGUACAUGUUUGUGAUGCCGAUUAUGAUGAUCAACAUUCUUAUCGCCAUGAUGGGUAACACAUACACCACUGUAAUCGCUCAAGCCGAGAAAGCCUGGCGACAGCAGGUAUGUUUCACCCAUUAUUACCAGUUCAUGCGCUUCCUUGUUCAGCAGGAAAAGACGAACAGACAGCUUUUUAUUGCGGUUGCUGACACAUGA